AUGUUUCUUCCCCUUUCUGCCUUGGCCAGCGUGCUACUAGGCACAGCAUCGGCAUUCGAAUACUACACUUUUGACGGACCAGGAUCGCCAUCAUGCCACAACGUCGUCGAAGUCCACAACGCAACAAGCGUCAAUGAGAUGGUGUCCCUUGUCAAAGACGCUUCAACCCGUGGUCUGCAAGUCCGUGCCGGCGGGAGAGGCCACAUGUGGUACGACACGCAGUGCUCAGACGACGAGACGGUCAUCAUCCGCACCGAGUUUGUCAACGGCAUCUCCGACUUUGACCUUGAUGGUGGAUCUGUAGUGGUUGAGGGCGGCGUCACCUUCUUCCAGCUGGCCGAGUAUCUUCAUGAGCGAGGUGCCAAUAUCGGUACUGGAUUGGUUAACUGGAACAUUACCCUUGGAGGCAGUAUUGCGAUGGGAGCGCAUCGCACUUCAUUGAGAGAGGAUGCAGUGGUGGUUGGUGGUGUGCUUGCGCUGGAUAUCAUUGACGGGAAUGGGGAUAUUCAGCAUAUUGAGCGGGAUGAGAGCAACGACGAUUGGCUUGCUGCGUCAACCUCGUUGGGCCUCUUGGGGAUUAUUGCGAGGAUAAAGAUGCAAAUCUUUCCAGAGACCAAAGUAUAUGCCAUGCAAACGACUCUCGAUGAAAAGGACGUCCUUAACGGAGACAUUUACAAACUCAUCUCGCCAUAUUUGACAGCCAACUUCUGGUGGUGGCCAUCCCAGCGCAAAUUCCACUGGCGCACAUACGACAUUGUGCCCACAAACACCAGCACCCAACAAGGCUUCCAAUCCACAUUCUCCGUCACGGCCCUCGAAGCCGCCGCCGCCGUCGUCCUCCUCAACAGCGGCAAGAUCAGCCCCUUCCCCAACCUCGCCGCCGAGGGCAUCUUCUUCGGGCUCUGGGAGAAGCCAAACUUCCACGACAAGGUCACCGACGAGGCCAUCACCGAGUGGCCCGUCUACGGCUGGAACUACGACGUUCUCAUCGGCGGGCUGUACCCCGGGCAGAAGCCCGAGUGGGAGUAUGGGCUCAAGGGGUAUACACUUGAGCUGGCGUUUCCCGUUACUAGGGCGAAUGAGGUGUUGAAGCGAAUUCGCGCGCUUUUUGAUGCUGAGGAGGCCAAGUGGAUGCCGAUGGCUUCGACGUACAGGAGUGGUAUUAACAUCAAGUUUGGCAAGGCGCAUUUUGACUUCCUUGGUCAAGUUACUACUGGUACGGCUGAUAAGCAGGAUUGGAGCAAGGGCGCGAUCAUGUUUGAUUUCCCUUCGUUCCGGCCCAGUCUUGGAGACCAGAAGCGGUACAAUGAAGCUUUCUAUAUCAACUUGGCCAACACGCUGGUCGAUGAAUUUCCAUGCCGUCCUCACUGGACAAAGAACACUCGCGAUGUGUUCCAGCGUGCCGUCAAGAAUUUGGAUCCCAACUACCUCGCUCGGUUCAAGGCCGUACGAGAAAAGUUCGAUCCAAAGGGCAUUUACCGCAGCGUUGUGGGAGAAAUUAUCGGCAUGUAUGACUGA